CUCCUGCCAUUUCAGAGCCAUUAAUGUAUCAAUGAAACAUUGGACUACAACAUCUGUGUACUUGAAAAGGUAAUGGCGCCCACUGAAAAGAAGCCAACUAGGAUGGAGAAAUACAGAACCAAAUUAAAAUCAGAUCCAGAAAAAUGGAAGCAGUACUUGAUGAAAGAAAGAGAGCGUGAUAAGGCAAGGAGGUUACAAUUUAAAGAAAAGAUAGGAAAAGACAAAAGACUGAAGGAACAAAAUAGAAAGAAGAUCCGAGACAGAGUGAGACUACACAGACAAAAAUUGAAACUCCAAAAAAGCUCUUCAUCUACAGGUACUAUGUCAGAAUCUCCAUUAGGUAGUUUUAAGUGUCCACAGUCACUUGGAAAGGCAGUAAAUAAAGUAAGACAAAUGCUACCUAGCAGCCCUAGCAAAAAGGCUGCAGUUGUAAAAAAGCUAGCAGUAGAAGUAAUUGGGUCACAUGUGUUGACACAUCUACAUACGUCAAAGAGAGGCCCUAAGACUUUAUCACCUGAAGCUAGGGUUUGUGUACAGAACUUUUUAUGCAGUGACGAAAUAAGUAGGCAGGCACCGGGUAAACAAGAUGUGAAAUCUGUAAAACAUCCUCAGACUGGAAAAAGAAGGCUUGUGCAAAAGAGGCAUAUGGUCAUGACGGUAGGAGAAGCAUACCAGGAAUUCAAAGAGAGGCAUCCUGAAGUUGUUAUUGGUAAAUCAACUUUUUAUUCUUUGCAGCCACAGUAUGUACUUCCCGUAUCAGAGACUCCACACAAUGUGUGUGUCUGUAAGUAUCACAGUAAUGUGUGUUACUUGCUUGAAGCACUUUCAAAGUGUAUUGUUAAAUUUCCAAAAAUGCACAAAGUUCUUCUGACAAAGUUAUGUUGCAGUAUCACUGAAGAAAAAUGUAUGAUGGGGGUAUGUUCAAGCUGUUCAAAUAUAGACUUUGAGAAAUUGAUUACACACUGCAAAAAUGAGAUGAAAACUACAAUUUCUUGGAAACAAUGGGAGAGUGAUGACAGUGGCCACUACAAGCUAAACACUUUCUCAGGAUACUGUGAGAAUGUUCUAAAGCUACUGCUAGACAAGAUACCACAUUUCAAGAUUCACUGCUUUGUGAAAAAGGUGCAGGAUAAUUAUUUCACUGCUUGUAAAAAUAAUUUGUGUGCAGAUAAUGCUGUCAUCCAGAUAGACUUUGCUGAAAAUUAUGCAGUAGUUUCACAAGAUGAGAUACAGACAGCUCAUUGGAGCCAUAGCCAGGUUACAGUAUUCACUUGUUGUGUUUGGCUUGCUAGUGGCAUUGUUAAGUCUUACGUGGUAGUGAGUGAUGACUUAUCUCACAGUAAAUAUGCAGUGUGGUUGUUUCUUGGGGAAAUCAUUAAAGACAUUAAAAAGCAUUUUCCCAGCAUCAAAUAUUUGUUCAUUUUCAGUGACAAUUGUGCCAGUCAAUUCAAGAACAAAUAUACACUUUCUAACAUUUGUUACACAGAAAGUGAUUAUGGUGUAAAUACAGAAUGGAACUUCUUCGCCAGUUCACAUGGCAAAGGAGCUGUUGACGGCAUAGGUGGGACGGUGAAGCGUUUUGUGUGGAUUGGUGUCAAGGCCAAAAGAAUACAGGUUGCUACAGCUAAAGACUUCCAUGACUACAUUGACAAGAACUUGAAAGGAAUUACAAGUGUCUACAUAAGCAAGGAACAAGUUGUACAAACAUCCGAGUCCUCUCAGCUGUAUGACAGAUGGCAGUGUGUUUUACCUAUACCCAACAUACAAUCAUGUCAUCAUUUCAGAGUUUAUGACCAGAAGAAUUUACUGAUUGCUAAGACUGCAAAGUCUGAAAUGGAAAAAACAAGUAUUUGUUAUGUUGAUGAAGACUUGGUAGAGUGCUGUGCUCCGAAGACACGACUUCACUACGAUGACAUUUACACCGAUUCCGAGACCGAGCACAAUACGGAAGAAUGUGACAUUAUUAAUGCCUCUCAAAGUGGUAUUGAAAAAGAAGAUAUACACUCAGGUUUGUUUGUUCUUGUACAGGUGUCAACACAAUCGAAACGAGCAAGAAAUGAAAAUAAAUAUAUAUAUGUAGGGGUAUGCCAAGGCGAGAUAGAUGAUGAACAAGAUGUCAAGAUAAUGUUUUUGAAAUCUUGUGGAAAUGGUAAAGUGUUCAAAUCUAAUGAAACUGAUGUUGCUUUUGUAAACAUUAAAGAGUUGAUUAGCAAGUUACCGACUCCUGAAAUAAAAUUGAAAGGAAACAGGAUAUACUACGAGUUUAGAGACAAAAUUAAUAUUUCAGAGAAAGUUGCAUGAAAUUGUGGCUUAUGUUAGUGCAAUUUAAUAUUUGCCUUUAAAAUAGUGACUGAUGUUUUAAAAUCUGUGUACAUGUUACUUCAGCAUAUAGCAUAAUGACAAACAAUUUUCCUGAAGUUUUCCAUCUUUUGUUUAAAUAUUUGUUGUAUACGUGGUUUAGUGCUUUUUUAAAAUAUUACAUCAAUAGAUAUUAAGGAUUUGAAUUCACUUUUACAUUAAAUGUUAGCUAAAUAAUACCUAAAAUAAGUAUUUAUAUUUACUUGAGUAAGAUUAUUAACUGUUUGUACAAAAACAACAAAUAUUUGGAGUGUGUUAACACCCGUUACAAGUUGUGUAACACCCGUUACGUCUUUCUUAUUUGUUUUCUUUAUGAACUAUUAAAUAUACGUGAAUUAUGCAGCAUUCCUCAAGACUAUUAUUCAUUUAGCUUUUAUAUUUUAUUUAUAAAUCAAAUAUUGGUGUUCAUAUCUCACAGAGUUUGUUGAUUCUUCACUUGCACACGUAUAAUCGUGUCCAAAUUUCGUAACACCCGUUACACUAACUUUAGGCUAUAUUCCAUGUUAUCUAUGACCCAAUCCUUUUUCAUAAUAAUUUGUAUGUAUAAAUUUUAACAAAUUACAUCUCUUGGUACCAUUAAAACAUAAUUUGCUCUAAAUAGUUUCAAUAUAUUUAGUUUUUAGUGUGUGCUAAUGUAACACCCGUUACAAUGGAAUGCCUCUAAGCAUUUAAAAAAAAUUAUAGUUUUUGUUUAAAUGCCGUUGAUCAAACUUAACCAACCUUUCACUGUCUAACGAUUAUGUGGACAGAACCUAACCUGACAAAAAUAUAACAUGGUUACCAAUAGUACCAAAUACAAAAUAGGAUUAAAUUACUCACCUAGGUCUGAGGUGGAUAUAAUUUCUUUUCUACUAUUAGAAAAUGAUAAAAUUUUGAACUCACUUGAAAGGACCCCAUGGUCAAUAAAAAAACUCAAUUAAAAAAUUACAAUUGUCAAUCUGAUGAAGUUACACGCAUCCAGAGAACUAUCUGCACACAACAAAUCCAUAACUCCUGACAAUCAAGCUGAAUAUAUCCAAAUACACAAGAAAACGUACCAUUUGUAAUUCCAAAAGCAUACCAAACCAGAAAGAAAUGAUUUAUUACAGUAUACCUAACUGAAUUCAAAAUUAACCUAUAGGUACAAUGAAGUUAAGUACCAACCUUUCAUUACAUUUGACACUAUAAACAACCAUAAACAAGUCAUUACAUAUAUUAUUGCUAUACAAUUAACAAUUAUGGUAUCCCAUCAUUUGGCACACAGUUCUGUAACAUGUGAAACACAAUAUUCAACAUUACUUAUAUCAUUAGCUUCCAGAAACAUCUUCUGGCGAAAAAAAACCUGUCUAAGGUAAUAAUUCUAAAAGUAUUUUUCUUCCGAUAAUACAGAAUAAAAAAAAAACUUUCAGAAACUUAAUAAAUCAAUUUUCCAGUGCUUGUGGAAGAUACCAUAAAGCUAUGGAACAUGUCAUUAAUAAAAUCAAUGAAUAUUUUUGAUUUACAUAUUCAAACACACCCUACAAUAAAGUGAGAAAUUGAUAAACUGGGAUAUAUAUUUCUUUUUUGCAACGAAACAAUCUGUACAUGUAUUUCUGUCAAUGCAAAA